AUGACUGAGGCGGCCAUGGUCAUGGAUGAUGGCUGUACGGAGCCAGGUACUUCGUGGCCCGGAGCCCUUGGUGUCGCCGACUCUCUACAUAUAAUACUCCCCAGCUUCUACCCUCCUCUUGACCUCUCCUCCUUCUCUUCCUCGUCUUCUUCUUCUUCUUCACUUCAAUCUCUUACCUCGAUUACCCGCACAUAUCUUGUCACUGAACCAAGUUCGCACCCUCGGCGCAUCGCAACCAUGGUCCAGAACACAUCAAUGGUCACCUCCAAGUUCCUGAGCAACCCCGAGGACCUCGGCGUCGUUGCCGUUGGCUUCUCUGGCGGACAGUGCAAGAAAGGCGUCGACGCCGCCCCCAAGGCCCUCAUCGAGUCCGGCCUGCUCACCCAGCUCCGCGACGAGCUGGGCUACAAGCUCCACGGCGACGAUGAGGUGCACCUCUACACCGACCUCGUACCCGCAGACGACCCCCCCUUCCGCAACAUGAAGAACCCCAAGGCCGUGUCCUCCGUCACCGAGCGCAUCGCCGACCAGGUCUACCAGCAGUCGCGCCUCGGUCGCCUGACCCUGACCCUCGGCGGUGACCACAGCAUUGCCAUUGGCACCAUUGCCGGCUCUGCAAAGGCCACCCGCGAGAGACUCGGCCGCGAGAUUGCCGUCAUCUGGGUCGAUGCGCACGCCGACAUCAACACCCCUGAGACGAGCGACAGCGGCAACGUCCACGGCAUGCCCGUGGCUUUCGUCACGGGCUUGGCCAAGGAGUCUAGACCCGAGUACUUUGGCUGGCUCAAGGAUGAGCACAUGCUAAGCAUCAAGAAGCUGGUGUAUAUUGGUCUGCGCGACGUGGAUGCAGGCGAGAAGAGGAUUCUGCGCGAGAAUGGCAUCAAGGCGUUCAGCAUGUUUGACAUUGACAGAUAUGGCAUCGGACGCGUCAUGGAGAUGGCGCUUGCGCACAUUGGCAACGAUACCCCCAUUCACUUGUCAUUUGACGUUGACGCUCUGGACCCCAUGUGGGCGCCGUCAACGGGUACCCCGGUCCGCGGCGGUCUCACAUUGAGAGAAGGUGACUACAUUUGCGAGUGUGUGCACGAGACUGGCAGCCUUGUCGCGCUGGACCUGGUCGAGGUGAACCCGUCACUCGCGGCCGAGCAGGAGGGCGCGGCGUCCGAGACGCUUGAGCGCGCGGGGGACAAAAGGGAAAGGAUGCGGCCACAAUGGAUUCUCGACUUCUGGCAGAAUCAUGGCUGCUGA